UCGCCAUGAAAGUAACCACCAAGCAAGGUUCCUCCCUGAACAACAGACGAAGCUGCCACAUUGAAGAGGAACAAAAAGGCAACUUGACAGCCCUUUCUGCACUCGCUCCCCUUUCUCCGGGCUAGUCACUGGAUUUCAAUGUUCAUCCUGCGCUUUGCUUUCUGUGUUAACUUGGGCCGUACCUAUAUGGCGUGUGUGAGCGGGGAGUUUUGCCAGGCACAGCACCUCGCCGCCGUGGAGAAGUGAAUCGGCUGCCCCGCCCCGAAAGACUACGCUGCCCGCAAGCCCCCUUGAUUGGCCGUUGUCCUCGGAAGCGUUGACUUUUGGAAUCAUUUAGAAAAUAAAAAAAAGCCCACCUGGAUAACGUACGCGUGGUCCUCGCCCUGACUGUCCCCCACCAAUACGCCAACUCUUUGCUUUCUGCUUUCUCUUUGAACAGCCAAUCACAAACAGCUCUCCUGAAUGGGCCGUCUCGCCAACAUGAACCGCCCCGCUGCAGUCGAGAUAACCUACGAGUGCAUGAGGUUCCUCAUCACCCACAAUCCCACCAAUGCCACCCUUAACAAGUUCACCGAGGAGCUAAAAAAGUUUGCGGUGCACACACUGGUGAGAGUGUGUGAAGCCACCUACGACAAGGCUCCGGUGGAGAAGGAAGGGAUUCAGGUUUUGGACUGGCCGUUUGAUGACGGAGCCCCUCCCCCAACCCACAUUGUGGACGACUGGCUCAAGCUGCUCAACACCAAGUUUCGAGAGGAACCCGGCUGCUGCAUCGCCGUGCAUUGUGUGGCAGGGCUCGGCCGCGCUCCUGUCUUGGUGGCCUUGGCUCUCAUCGAGAGCGGGAUGAAGUAUGAGGAUGCCGUGCAGUUCAUAAGGCAGAAGAGGCGCGGGGCCUUCAACUCCAAACAGCUUCUUUACCUCGAGAAAUACCGACCGAAAAUGCGUCUGCGCUUCAAGGACCCCAACGGCCACAGCUGUUGCGUGCAGUAAAGCCAGCCAAGCCCACCAGCACCUACCUGCCUAUGCACCUCGAGCGGGAGCGUGGAGGGUGAAAAUAGAGAGAGAGAGAGGGCGCUGUGUGUAAUUGUUGUGAUGAUUUGUAAACAUGCUUAAUUGAACAGAGAACAAGCGAGUAAUCGAAUGAAAGGAAUUGCAACGGUGGGGGUCCACCAGCCGAACCAGCAAAGCACACAGACGGGGCCCACCUACCGGUUCUACUCUCAACCACGGCCCAAAUAUAGUCCAUCCUGUUGUUUUAUUUUAUAUUAUUUUGCUUUUUUUUUUUUUUUUUCCCUCCCCCACCUCUUUUCAUUGUGGGAUAUUAUACUUCCUUUUUGUGACUUUUUUUUGUUUUUAAAUUUUACACAUACAGUGGUGAUGAAAGGAUGCAAUAUAAAAUCUGAUUUUUAUUCCUGCAAAUUUAUUUUAUGAUUGGAAUAGAUUAAUGUAUCUUAUAAAACGUUUUUAACCUCUUGUGACUGUCCAUGUUGGGAUGUUUUUCCUCACUCGGCGCACCAAGAAUUGCAGUCAUGUCCCCCCCCCCCCCCCCCCCUUUUAAUUUGUUUGAAGUCACUUUCAUUUUAAACCUUCACAGAGUUUGAGUAUGUCUGCGAUAUUUAUUCACAUGAUGAUCCGUUUGGGACACUGAUUUUUUUUUUUUUUUUUUUUCCUCAAUCUUUAUUUUUCAUUCUUUUGAGAGCCAUGUCUUUAUUUUAGUUUUUUUUUUUUUUUUCCUUGGAGUGCAAUAGUCUGUCCACCUCAGUAAAGCCCACCGAACUGCUGUGACAGCCUGCACACAUGCACAUUCACCAUUCCACAUCAGUUGCGCAACCUCUACAAUUGGUACAUUUGUUUUUCGCAAUGACCAUAGGACUCCCCUUAAGAGGCACACACAGCCUGAAGACCCCCCCCCCCUCCUAACCUGAAAGGCAAAAAGUGUAAGAAUGAAAUGGUCAGGGUUUUUUUUUUAUUCCCAUUUUGAAAACAUCCCCAAUUCGUAUUUGUUCUUGAAAGAAAAUUAAAUAAAUUGAAUAAAAAGCA